UUGUCAACAAAGUCAUGACAGCAAUGGGACCGUUGCUGGAACAUGAAAACCAGAUUUUUCUUGAUUUAUUUCACGAAGAUGGCUUGGUGAUUACUGCUCGGGGUCUAGGCAUUGAUAGGAUCCUGUAUAACUUCUUAAAAUUGUAUUCAGACCCUGGAAAUUUAGUUUUGGUGCUCAACACCACAGUUCCAGAGGAGGAAUAUUUCAUUGAACAGCUACGCUCAGAAGGGGUUUCCCAUUUACCCAAGAUUAUUACAAAUGAAAUUAGCAGCAAUGACCGAUAUGAUGUCUACACACAGGGAGGUGUCCAGUUUGUUACAAGUCGAAUUCUUGUAGUUGAUUUCCUGACGGACAGAAUUCCAGCAAAUCUUGUUACAGGUAUCCUAGUAUAUAAGGCUCAUAAAAUUAUUGAGUCAUGCCAAGAGUCCUUUAUCUUGCGUCUUUACCGUCAAAAAAACAAGGAUGGCUUCAUCAAAGCUUUUACAGACAAUGCAGUUGCUUUCCAGGCUGGAUUCUGUCAAGUUGAACGUGUUAUGAGGAACCUGUUUGUUAGAAAACUUUACCUGUGGCCAAGAUUUCAUGUGUCUGUGAACUCAUUCCUGGAGCAACACAAACCCGAGGUUGUAGAAUUGCAUGCGUCUCUGACUCCUGCCAUGGUAGCCAUCCAGGCGUCAAUAUUAGACAUCAUGAAUGCCUGUCUGAAGGAGCUGAAACGUUACAACCCAGCUUUGGAAGUUGAGGAUUUAUCCUUGGAACAUGCUAUUGGGCGAACCUUUGAAAAGACCAUCAGAUACUAUUUGGAUCCAAUGUGGCACCAGCUUGGGACAAAAACCAAGUCCUUAGUUCAAGAUCUUAAGAUUCUGCGUACGUUAUUGAAUUACCUCACUCAGUAUGAUUGUGUCACCUUUCUGAACCUUUUGGAGUCUCUAAGAGCUAGUGAGAAGGCCUUUGGACAGAAUUCAGGCUGGCUCUUCUUGGAUUCUAGUACUUCUAUGUUUGUGAAUGCUCGUUCGAGAGUCUAUCAUACUCCAGAGACCAAAGGGGUCAAGAAACUGAAAGCAGCAGAGAAAGCCAAGGAGGUUGAAAAUGCAGAUUUGGGGAAGAGGGAGUUGAUCUUGGAAAAAAGUCCCAAAUGGGAAGCCCUGACUGAUGUCUUGCAGGAGAUUGAAAAGGAAAACAAAAACAGUGAAGCUCUUGGAGGCCCAGGCCGGGUUUUGAUUUGUGCCAGUGAUGACCGAACCUGUUGUCAGCUGCAGGAGAUUUUAAUGAAAGGAGCAGAGACAUUGUUAAUGAGACUGUACAAUAAAAGUGUUGGGAAGCAAGACAAUGUUGAAGAAUUAUUAAUUAAAGACAAGAAAUCUCUGAAGUUUAAAGGAAAACACAAAAAUGAUGGUGAUACUCGAACCCUGAAAGCCAAAUGUCAGCCAACUAAAAAUGUAAAUAAGGACAAGAAGUGGAAGCUAACAUUAACACAAAUGGUAGGAAAUACAGAUAGUGGAAAGGAGCUUGAAGUAAGAAAAGAAGAGGAAGAAUACAGAGAGCUUGCUGUCAGUCAGGAAAGUAGCAGUGAAGAGCCAGAUACUGAGGAAGUACUACUUAAUUUGCCUUCUGAUGCCUAUUAUGGAAUCUUGAAAGAACCUCUGAUUGUCAUACAUCCUUUGCAGGGCUGUAGUGACCCCUACAGUUUGACUCGAGUAUUGCAUGAAGUAGAGCCAAGAUUUGUUGUGCUGUAUGAUGCCGAACUGACAUUUGUUCGCCAGCUUGAGAUUUACAAAGCCAGCAGGCCAGGAAAACCACUGAGAGUCUAUUUUCUUGUCUAUGGAGGUUCUACUGAGGAGCAACGUUACCUCACUGCUUUGAGGAAGGAGAAAGAAGCUUUUGAAGAUCUCAUUCGUGAAAAGGCUAGCAUGGUGAUUCCUGAAGAGCGGGAAGGAAAAGAUGAUGCAAAUCUUGACCUUAGUCGAGAUGCUACUCCUGCUACUGCAGUAAUGGACACGCGUAAAUCUGGUGGUCAGACUAAAGAGAAGGAGCAGCAUGUGAUAAUUGUGGACAUGCGAGAGUUCCGAAGUGAAUUGCCAUCAUUAAUUCAUCGACGUGGCAUCGACAUUGAGCCAGUCACCCUGGAAGUAGGAGAUUACAUUCUCACCCCAGAUAUCUGUGUAGAGAGGAAGAGUGUAAGUGACCUGAUUGGCUCCCUAAACAAUGGCCGAUUGUACACGCAGUGCAUAUCCAUGUGUCGCUACUAUAAGCGUCCAAUUCUUCUCAUUGAGUUUGACCCCAGCAAACCUUUUUCACUGACUUCACGUGGGUUCAUCCACCAGGAGAUUUCUGUGAAUGACAUCACAUCUAAGCUUACUUUGCUUACUCUGCAUUUUCCACGUCUGCGAGUGCUGUGGUGCCCAUCUCCACAUGCUACUGCUGAGCUGUUUGAAGAACUGAAACAGAACCGACCCCAGCCUAUUACAGUUAAAGCCAUGGCCAUAACAGCAGAUUCUGAAACUAUUCAUGAAUCAGAUCGCUAUAAUCCGGGUCCUCAGGAUUUUCUUUUAAAAAUGCCUGGCAUUAAUGCAAAGAACUGUCGUGCACUUAUGAAUCAUGUAAAAAGCAUAGCAGAGCUGGCUACUUUGCCUCAGGAGAGACUAGCAGAAAUUCUUGGAAAUUCUGUUAAUGGCAGGCAACUGUAUGAAUUUGUACACGAAUCUCACAAGCGCUCCAUUCUACCAAUGAAGACAAAGAGAUAACAAUUCGGAGAAAGUUGAACUAAUAUUUUUGUCACUAUUUAAUUGAUUAUUAGGUCAAGCCAGGAGAGUUGAGUAUUUUUUUUUUUCUGAAGGUUAAAGGAAACACUUUUCACAGUUGCACUUAAAACACACAUUAGCAGUUAUCCCAGCAAAGUAUGCAUCAUACCUUUAAAUAGUCUUUCUCUGUUAUUGGCAUUCCUCCUCACAGGUUGUAAUUUACAUGCACUGUUAAAGCAUGAGGAAGUUUAUUUUCCAUGUUGUUACUAUGUGUUCUUGUGGGUCAGUGUUGCAGUCAUAAUUUAUAUGGAUUUCUGAUGCUGGUUGAGUCCAAAGUCUAGCCUGACUUUUAGAUUUGAGUACCCUCCCUCCAUGACAUUGCCUUACCUCCGAUGUUUUUCAUGUAUCUGGGAUGUACCUUUCAGACCAGCUCCUCUAAACCAAAUGUUGAAUACACACGUGGUAUUGGGUGCACAUACCUUGAACCUCAAAGAUGAGGCUGAGAAAAGUAAAAGAGGUGGUUGUAGUCACCUGCAGUUGCAGAGAGGUAAAACUUCACAUAAAAUUAAAGGUGGUGAUUUCAGACCUUCAGGCUCUCAAAACCUUCAACAGACUCUGGAUGCAUUGGACUGUAUAUGUCAUGAUAUACAGCACAGUAGUUAUGUGGUACAAAAAAAAAAUCAAGGGGGAACAUGCCCCCCCCCCUCUGUGGGCUAGCAGAGCAGGCUUGGGACAGGCCCAGAAACACAGUUUGUUCCUGAUGACAGCCUAUAUACCAACUUAAGACAGCUACAGAGUGAACUAAUUAAGCAGGAUCUCAGAAGAUCAACGAGUGAAUGCUAGACAGGGGCACAUUCUUAGACCUUGCAAAACAGGUGGGUUGUGCCAUAGGUAGAUAUCUUUCCUUUUCCAAGCAGCAGGCAGCUGAGAAAAGUCUGUGGUAAAGUCUGUGGUAGCACUUCAACUAAACAUGCUUGGACAGUCUGUGCUUUCUUCCAAGAAUACAAUGGCGUAUUUCUCUAUGCUUUCCUUCCUAUACCCCUGCUUCCCUAGGUAUUUGAAAAGUAGGAAGUUCAGGGACCCAAAAUAAUUGUAAUUGCCCCAUUCUGGCCCAGGCAACACUGGUUGUUUCGUCUUCUUAAGAUGACAAGGGAGAACCCUAUACUACCGCCUCAGCAUUUAAACCUCCUGAUGUAGUGCAUUGACCUCUUAGUACACUCCAAGCUCUGUCCAUUCAGAUAAGCAGCUUGUAAAGUAUGACUGUGUUGGUUUGCUCGCCUUUUUUCUGAAGACAUCAGGGAAGCUAAAAGGCCAAGUUCAAAGAAAUUGUACCUGGCUAAAUGGAAAAUAUUUGUCUUCUGAUGCCAGAGGAAGAACUAAUACCUAAAACAAGCAGAUGUGCCAGUGGUCCUCUUGUACUUCUCUGAGCUGUUCUCAUCAGGUUUAACUUGUGUCUCUAAAAAGAUACAUAUUUUCUCUGUUUUUACCUGCUUGCCUGUAGUUCCCCAUUGGUAGACAACCCCCUAGUGAGGCAAUUCUUGUAAGUAAUCCCCCAUCUGAGACAUCCCAGGAAAAAAGUUGUCCCACCUUGGGACUUCAGUUUAGUAUUGAAAGACUGGCCACGUCAUCUUUUGAAGUAGCUUUUUCAGCAUCUCCAAAAUUUCCUCACUUGAAAACAGUUUUCCUGAGAGCCAUCACAUCCUGCUAGGAAAGUCUCCAAGCUACAGGUCCAGACGUAUAAAGAAUGCUUUCUGCAGUUUCAAAAAGACAGUUUGGCCCUGUGCGCUAAUCUCUUCUUCAUGCCAAAUACAUUACAGAACAUUAUGACUGCAGCAGUGACCCGGUAAGAACAUAAUACCGUUGUGAAGGCAAUAUGCUGUCAUUGUAGAUGUAUAAAUGUGGUCACUAUGAAAGUCCUGUUUCACUCCCUCUACCCCCACUAAAACUAACUAAAGCGGCUAGUUUCCCUGCGGUAAAAUAUGAUGUUUUGGGAGUCCGCUGAAUUAAGUUUUCUGCAACCUGGUCUCGAGCUUCUGUGAUUCGAUGAAGUGGUAAUUCGAUAUUUAAAGUAGAUCCAUUUUUAUAGAUCUGUAAGCAUUCUGUAAUCUGUGAAUGUGAAGUAUUGUCAAUUACUUUUUUGUAAUCUGCCCAUGCCAUACUUGGGUUCUGCCCCUUUGUAAAGCUCUGUCUUGUGGCUUUGUUUAGUAAUUUAUGAUUAUUUGUUCAGUGUGAUUUUUCUUUCAUUACCUUUCUGUUCCAUUGCCAUGAUUGAAUUUUUGUCAACUCUGUCUGCAUCAGUUCAAGUAUAUGAUUUGUAUGUUGUUUGAAGGCAGGAUAUUGGUCUAUAAUUUUUAGGAUGCCGUGCCGGUUUUCAUUUAAAGAGGCAUCUUUCUAUCCUAAUUGGUGUUGGCUGCUAUUGUACACAUGAAUAAUUUUUAUGCGAGGCUAAAUUGGGCAGAGAAGUUAAUACCUUUAGCCAGAAGUUGCGAACUGCAUCUAGAUUUUGGAUUCUUCAUUUAGUAGCCUUUCUUUUUUAUUUUUCAGAACCUUUAUUAAUUUAUACCUUAAGACAUAAAACCACAUUCAUUAAUACAAAUCAAGCCAUGUUCACGUCUGCAUAUGUAUACAUUACAUAUGUUUUCAUUCUUUAUAAUAAUUGUCAUUCAGUCCAUCAUUACAUAAAUUGCUCAAUUCUUGCUUUCCCUUUAACCGCACUCUUCCUCCGGAACAUUAUUCUACAUGUAUUGUUCCCCAAAAGUCCAUUUAUUUCUGUGUAAUUUGCUCCUU